AUGUCGCUUGUAUCAGUUACCGAUGAUUAUUAUAUGAUUCUUGAAGUGGUGCAAACAGCUACACUCGAUCAGAUCACGAAGUCUUACAAACAGCAAGCGCUAAAGCUUCAUCCAGAUAAGAAUCCUAGGCACGAUGCUACUGAAGCUUUUCAAUUGCUCGGGAAAGCAUACGAGACGCUGAGGGACGGAGACAAGCGCCAAGCCUAUGACCUUAUUUACCCUUCUGUGCCAAAGGUUCGCGCUCCUCCUGAGGUCAAACAGAAUCCUCUAGCAAAACAGAACCAUCAAGCCAAACAGAACCCUCAAGCCAAACAGAACACUCCAGCCAAACAGACAUCUCAAACCCAAUAUUCAGAGGCCUCCUCUCCUCAAGCCGAACAAAGACCUCACACUCGAAAAUCGGAGGCACUCAGUGAGACGGCACAAAUCGCUAUACUUCAAAAGUCUAAACAAGAACGUGAGGUGGAAUGGCAGGCUUUAAAAAAUUCCUAUGACUCAUCAAUAUUGGAGCUGCACAAGGAAAUUCAAUGGCUGCAGCAGGAAAUCAAGACUCUAGAUAACAUUGAAGCAUUUGAGACGAGGAAAAAGGCACGAGAGAGCAACUGGGGAACAUGGAUCGUGUCAUCCAAAGGCAAAAAGGUAGAGGACGUCGACAAUGAGGAUGAGAAAGAACACAAAGAAAAUGAGAGGCAGAAGAGAGGAAUUGAGAGAGAUUGGAAGAAGAUGCGAUUGGAAUUGGCAAGGACACUUUUGAAGGAAUUGGAACGUCUAAUCAAAGACGCGGAGAAGAAACAUGAUGCUGAGGAUCUCGAAGAUGAUCUAAAAAUGGGGGUUCUAUAUAAGAUUUGGUCUAGAGAAGCUGAGGAGAGACAGGAGAGAGAGAAAAUGGAACGGGGAAGGAAAGGUGGUAAAAUGCAAGAGAAGGAGAGAGUAGAGUUAGAGGGUACAUCGAAAAUCUGGAAACAAGAGCAGGAGAAGCAAAAGAAGGAAGUGGGAGAGCCGUUGGGAAAAGAAGAGAAGGAGAAUAAAAAGUAG